UUUCUCCACAAGAAAGGUAAAAAAAGUAAGAACAAAUAAACUACCGGCGGACUUCAUAUAAAAUGCGAUUUUAAAGUUGUGACGGUAAAAUAGGUAAAAUCCGAAAAAAUUCAUAAAAUCUGCGCUAGUUCAUCGCUUUUGAUUACGCUUGGCUAAUUUGUAGCUGAGUUACUAUUUUUCGACCCGACUUGAAAGGUGCUCGCGGAUAAAAUUGGCUCGAACUUUAAAAUCACAGCAGAUUAAGGUGCGAUUUUUAAUCCAUGCGAUUUAAACAACGCAGAAAAAACAGGCCGACAUAUUUUUAUACUCUUGAGCGUGAAAUUUGGCCUGUCAGUUUUGGAAUGGGUGAAGUAAUCAGUAGCCGACGGUCAAAUCCGGCGACGGACGUAAAUAAGCCUAGACUGUAAGAGCAAAGGCAAAAUAAGCGAAGAGUUCGUGUUAAAGCUGACAGCCAGUAGUUAAUCUUUACUUGUGAACUAAUCUCAUAAUCCAACUGAUUUAUGUUAAUCGUGUGGUCGAGUUUUCGUGCUGCUCAGCCCGAAGGUGGCCCUUGCAGGCUAGUCUAACACUGAUCAACACUGUGUUUAUCUGUAAUUUGCACUGUUUACGAAUAGAUACCUCGAGGAUCACAAGAUAUCACCAAGGACCUCACUGAAGUAGCUACUUAGAUUAGCCUGCUGGAGAUUUGAACACUCUUAACUUAAGUCCCUGGAGAGAUCGUGUUUGUUAUCACGUAACUUCAAAAGCUGAAAAAUGUCUCAAAAAAAAGACGAAGUGUAGAGGGUGGGAGAGAAACGGUUCCACGCUAUUUGCUUCCCGGCAACGGAACAAUGAAUAAUCCCACUUCUGCAGCACUUUGUUUUGGUAAGAGUCCGGGUUAAUUUCGUUUCUUGUUCUGAACCCUAUCGUAGAAUACAAUAAAUUUCCUAUUAAACUCUAUUUUUUUACAACGGAACGGAAGGAAUGCACUCUCAACUGCUCAACGGCUUCUGGUUCGUCUAAAACCUAAUCAGUUCGGUAUAAUUAUAGAUAAUGAACUAUUUUUUAAGAGUGGAACGGCGUCAAAUUGUAGUAUGCAGAACAGUAAAUAGCCAGGAAGUUAUGAUAAGAUUUUGUAGCAUAUAUGUAAGCGUAUACAGCUCUGCCAGACAUUCUUCAGUGCUCCCUUACUUUUAUGACUCUUUCAUCUUUUGGUAUUUCUGGUGAAAAGAGGUAUUUCUUACUUGAAAAUUGUAUUUUUUUAAUAUAAUACCUACUAGGUGCCCAUUUUAUCUUUCUUUCAAGCUUCUCAACCGUCCGGAGUCCAAAAUCCUUGAAUCUGAUUGGCUAAUCGCGCUCCAGCGCGGUCCGGAUUUUCCCAUCCGAACCCCGGGUACGGACCGCUCCGAACUUUCCAACUUUGGCAACUUUUCAAGCUUUUUGUUGCAUAGUAAAACAACUAAAACAACGUAAAAUGUAAACAUUCAACACACUCAAACAAUUUUGCCGAAACAGUACUGCUUUUUGUGCCGCCGAAAUGUCAAACGCACGCUUACGCCAGAUUUGAACUGAACCGGAAUUUAAUUCAACACAAAAGUUGCUUUGAAAGCAAUAUCGUAGAGAAAAACUUUAAUUUGCCCGAAGUCUUGAGUAUGGCCAGAGGCCGUCAGUUCUAAAAAAAAAAGGGCUUUUUAUUUUGUUUGUUCAGCCCCCAGGAGAGGUCCUCUGUGAAUUUGGACCAAAAUUAUUUUUAAGUAAUGUAUGAUUGUACUGGUUGUCGUCCUCAGACGAAGCUAGAAACAACUUAACGUUACAUUUCCCUCCACCCUCCCCACCCUCCCCACCAAGCACUCUCGUGAUUUCUUUCUCGAAAGUGUCUCGCCCAGCUCCUGAUGUUAACAGUCGGCGUGCGAGCAUCAAGAAUACAAAUCUCGGUACUCGCGAUAUUCUCCAUACAAACAGCAGGGAUAAUCGAGGAUAUUAGGUCCUCUGGCUUCACUUUGUAGCCAGGGAAACUGUUCGCAUACCAGGCAUUUUAAAGAUCGCGUUUCAACUGCGACAAUCCAGAUAAUCUGUUCUGUUUCUAUGGAAGCGAAUUAAUCGCGUUCAUAGCAAUGUUCAGUUUGAAAUCCAAAAAGUGGGCCUUACUUCUUCAGUCCAGCAAACAAGGCACAGAAAUACGUGAGUUUCUUCAAUGGUCGUCAUUUUGUUCGAUCUCUUGGGUAAAAGAUCUUUUGUUUAAAAUUUCCAAGUAUGACCUUAUCAAGUAUCACGCUUUGCUGGUAUAGUGUUACAUUCUUACCACGCUUGCGUGACUAACAAGAAAAUGCCCAGAAUUCCAGAUGUACAUCGUACAAGUCACGCAGACUCUAUCUCGGGUCUGACUGGAGGAUUGAUAUUCCUGUUCGUUACAUCAAGUGUACUUGUUCUGGGAGCACUUUGUAAAUAUCUUCGGAAUUUUUGCCGCAAAGUUUUGAAAGAGCGCUGGAAGAAACGCUCAAAAAGAAGGCGUUCAAAACGAAGUGAACAGGCGAGAGGCAGUACGGGCGUCAAACGCUCCGAGUCAGCUCGGUCAUUUAAAUCGAGGGAAGGCGUGGUUGCAGUGUCGCCGCAAUUCUGUAUCCCAAGCUCUCGCAGCUGUGUGGUACAACAGCCACCUCCAGAUCUCUCCCAAGGCAGGACGGGAAAGACUUCUGAGGAGAGACGCCUCUCGUUAAUGUCUCUAUAUUUCAAAGAAGAAUCAAUAGGCGAUCUGAAUCCAGAGUUGUACCAGAAUCAGGAAAGAACGAUACGGAUAGGAAAGAACAAGGAUCUUGGACAACUAAAUUUAGUCGUUAAAUGCAACCAAAAGACUAGAAAUCUGUCUGUCACACUGAUCAGCGGAAAAGAUUUCCCACCGCGGGACUACUCUGGAAGCAUUGAUACUUGCGUGACCAUUUGUGUACUCCCCAAUCGUGAACGCCGUAAACAGACUGCGAUUCAUCGGCGCUCGGUGAACCCUCAGUAUAACGAGACUUUUGUUUUCAACAUCCAAGUUGGCAAAGAGGCUCAUUCGCACAGCUUGUUGUUAACUACGUACUUUUACGAUAGUCUCUCUCACGGUCACGUGUUAGGGGAGUGUUACGUACCACUCAUUUAUUGUGAUUUUUCGGGUGAGACUAUUUUCUGGAGUUACCUGGACGAUCCUUCUGGCUCGUAUAGCACUUUGGCUGGGGCGCUGCACAGUCUUGCUAAUGCUGAAUGUGGGGAUUUGCUGCUAUCUCUGUGCUAUGUUUCUAAGGAUCAAACUCUCACUGUUGCUAUUAUGAAGGGAAUUAACCUGGCGCAAGGUCUUCUGACUCCAGUUGAAAAAUUAUACACAAAAGCUACACUUUUCCAUGACGACCACAAACUUGGCAAAAGGAAAACAGCUUUGCAAGAAAUCAGACAGCCCUUCACGGUUUUCAACGAAGCUUUGCUAUUCCGUGUCCCCGAAGAAAAGCUGCUCAGCUGCACGCUGAAAAUCUCCGUCAACCAUUACAAUGUCAUGGGUAAAAGUUGUUCCGUGGGAGAGAUCAGCUUCAGCGCGGAGUCGACUGGGCUCGAGGAUGUGCACUGGUCCAUAGUGACUUCCAAACACGAUAAACCGGUCACAAUGUGGCACACACUACGGGGCUUUAAGUUCAUGGAGACAGGAAGAGAUGACAGAUCCCAGCCUCUGUCACCAAGUUAACCUUUAAAAACCAAAAAUGUCAUUAGUGAAGAACUUUUUCAACUCUAUAUUCAAUACAAUUUUGAUCGAGCCUAAAAUCCGUAGACGGAGAACUGGGCUCUGUAUUGCACAAAAUUUGUUGGGAAAGAGUGUCUUUUUCGGGAUCAGACUAAAGCCCCGGCCAAACGAUCGCAACACUUCAACACAACAUGUCGCAACAUUGUUGGGCACAGCAUGUUGCGCGC